AUGGAACCACAAAUUAUGCCAGUUCUCAAAGCUUCAGGGUACAUUCAAUCCAAGGCAGAUACAUCUCUCUUUACCAAAGGCACCAGAGAUGAUUUCACUUGCAUUCUUGUGUAUGUGGAUGAUCUGAUUUUAUCUGGCAACAACAUGCAUGAAAUCAAUCGGAUGAAAAAGGUGUUGGAUGAUGCAUUCAACAUCAAGGACAUAGGUAAACUUAAGUACUUUCUGGGUUUUGAAAUCGCACGGAGCAAAGAAGGAAUUGUCAUGAAUCAGCGAAAAUAUGCUACUGAUCUCCUCUAUGAAUUUGGAAUGACAAAUGCCAAGCCUGCGACUACGCCAAUGAACUACACAACUCCACUGUCCAAAUCUUCAGGCACCGCAUUAACUGACUUGACUCCUUACCGCAGGCUUGUUGGGAGGCCGCUGUACCUCACAAAUACAAGAUCAGAUAUUUCAUUCACCGUCAACAAGUUGAGCCAGUACUUGGACUGCGCUACAACAGAUCAUUUCAAAGCAGCCCUGCACAUCUUAAGAUAUAUAAAGUGUGCACCAGCCAGUGGAAUAAAGUUCUCUGCUGCCUCAUCUGAUUUGUCGCUCACAGGAUACUCAGAUUCCGACUGGAGGACAUGUCCAGACACAAGGAGAUCUGUAUCUAGAUUUUGUUUCUUUUUGGGUUCAUCUCUUGUGUCAUGGAAAAGUAGGAAACAAACUACAGUUGCUAGAUCAUCAGCAGAAGCGGAGUAUAGAGCUAUGACUUUGGCAACAUGUGAGGGAAGGUGGCUUAGCUACAUACUUCGAGACUUUCAUACCCCCAUUGAGCAAACCGAUCACUCUUUACUGCGACAACCAGUCCGCAAUGCAUAUAGUCGCCAACCCUAUAUUUCACGAAAGAACGAAGCAUAUCGAGAUAGACUGUCAUACGGUGAGAGAUAG